AUAACGGCAACAUUGCUAUUUGGCGUCCAUCUUUAAUCUUUUGAUGUGUUGUGAUAUUUUAACAAAAUUGUAAUAAAAUUGUUAUUAUUACUUCUACAAUUUAAUUAAUACAUACAUUCUAUUCAAUAGUCUUAUCUGAGUACUAUAAUAUAAAAGAAUAACUUGCAGAUGAAGUGUGCAAAUGGAUAGGCUGAGCCACUUGCGGGGAGAAGCGGGGGGCUCGCGGGACUCCACGCUCGACACCACGUCCCCGCCGAGCGAGUCUUUCAUGACCGCCAACGAGAGCUCCUCCAAGUACUUUUCUCUGUCAGAAGUGGACUCUGUUGAUUCAUCUUUCGACAUUUCUUCUAUAAAAGAUGUUUCGCUGGCCAGUACCGCCACUGAUACCGAAGGGACCAUAACAAAUGCUGACGAGCUGAUGUCAAAUCUAUCUCCAAUUGGAAAGAAAAGUGAUAUGCUAGAUAGCUACAAAAUUGGUAAACAGAUUGAAGCUGCAAACAUUUUGUCAGGCGGUGUGGAUAUAUUUGAUGAUAAUGACAAUUCUUAUGAUGGAGACGAGCUGGUGAUUGAUGACAAUGUUGAUGUUGACGAUAAGUCUAAUUCUGAUAUGAAGCAGCCAGAGGAAAUGCAAUUUAAGUCUGAUGAGAAUAUGAUUGAGUCUACAUUGAUAAAUGAAGAGAUGGACAUAGCUAGUAAAGAUACUGAAGUGGUGCUACAAAUUGAUGGUAAAAACGUAGAUGCUAUAGAUAUUGGUAAUGGAUUGUACUUGUAUAGGAAGGAAGGGCAAGAGGAGCUGGCUGCUGUCCAGAUAAUUGAUGAUGACCAACAACAAACCAGCUUCAAGUUCCUGAAAGUGCGUGAAAAUGCUGAGGGUAAUUUAGAAGUUUAUGAAGAAAUAGAAAUAGAAGUACCUAAAGAAGUGCCUGCAAAAGAAGGGAAGAUGCCUGAGAAGAAGACAUCAUCACAUGUGCCUAUAACAGAUAUCAAUAAAGUUAUUAGUGAGUCUGGGUGCAACAAAGUUGCUGAAAGAAAAACUAAAGUGCCCAGAAAAGAACCAAUUUUAACAAAAACAGAGGUUGAAGUUGACAGUAAUAAAGAAUCACCAUCUGACGCUAAAACGGAGGUGAAUAUAAAUGGUAAAAUGAUGAAAUUCAGUGAAUCGAGAAAAUCUCCCGUUAUAGGCAGUUAUACAGCCAUGACAUACCACUCGACACCUAAUAAAGAACGCAUACCGUUGACUAAGACAAUGGUCGACCAACAGCUGCAUCCCAACAGACAUUCAGAUAAUGUUAAGAAAACUAUAGAAGUUCACACUGAUAGCAGUAAGCAAAGGACUGCUGAAACACCAACUAAGAAUAAAGAUAUUAGUGAUGACAUUAAAAAUGUUGAUGCUAGUGAUAAUAACAAAAGUGUUGAAGUCAAUGAUGACAACAAAAUCAUUGAAGAAGUCAUAAGUGACAAAGAACUGGUAAUUGAUGAAUCAGUUGAAACUGUAGAUAUUCCUAAAGAGGCAGACAAGGAAAGUACAGGUGUAAAGAAUGAAGAUAAAGAUAAACCUAAAGAUUUGGUGCCAAACACUGAUGAAGUAUUGAAUGAAAAAUGUGAUGAUAUCAUAGAACUUCCAGUUGAACAAGAGAAUGUGGUUGAUUCAACAGAUAAAGAUAUGACUAGUGAUAAAGCAAUAAUUAAGGAGAGUGUUGAAGAUGUAAUUGUAUGUGAAGAGGAUAAAGAAGAGAAAAGUAGUGAGAAAAAUGUAAAUGUUAUUGAGAAAACCGAGGAAGAUGUUGAAAUUGUAGAAGUUGCUGUAAGUGCAACAAAUAAGGUGGAAGAAAAGAUAGAAGAACCUGUUCAAUCCGAUAGUGUUGAGAUACAAAAAGUGAAUGAUGUAACUACAACAAAUCAAGUUGAAGAAAAACAGUCUGAGCCUGUUAAAAUAUCUACAGAUGAAGGUGUAAAGGAAGUUGAUGUUACUAAUAAUAAAAAUAAAGAAACAGUUGUAGACAAUACUCAAUGUGAUAAUCAAGAUAAGACCAAAGCUGAAGAAAUUAUUUAUGAUAUAACAGAUCAAGAUAAUGAUGACAUUAUAAUUAUUGACGAUAGUGAAAUAGAUGAUUCCAAGAUCGAAGAUAAGACGUCUUCUGAGGUAAAAGUUGAAGUCCAAAAACAAAGUAAUGUAGAGUCAGAUAUUUCAAAGAAAAAUGAAGCUGUAUCAAAAGUAAAUGAAUGUCCCGAAGACAAAAAUAAAAAAGAGACUAGUGUAACUCCUGCGGCCAUGCUUGUAACGCACGAGGCACCAACUAAAACAGACAAUACACCAAUUAAAAAAGACGAGAUAUCAACUAAAACAGACGAGAAACCAACUACAACAGAUGAAACACCAACUAAAAAAGACGAAAUAACAACUAAAACAGACGAGGUACCAACUAAAAUAGACGAGAUAUCAACUAAAAUAGACGUUGCACCAACUAAAAAAGACGAGAUAUCAACUAAAAUAGACGAUGCACCAACUAAAAAAGUCGAGAUAUCAACUAAAAUAGACGAUGCACCAACUAAAACAGACAAGACACCAACUAAAAUAAAAGAGUCACCAGUGUCUAAUGAGAUUGCAAAAAUUAGUCAAUCUAAAAUACCAGUACCAAUAUUAAAAAGCGAAUCAGUUACAUUACAACCAAUUAAAAGUGAUACGUCGACUAAAGAUCUUGCAGUACCUAUUGUCGUCAAUGAACACAAAAUUGAAUUGAAACCUGAAACUUUGAAAGAAACAGGUCCAAUAGAAAAGGAUACCAAGGAAGUAGUCAAACAUAUUCCAGUAGCUGAAGUACCAACACAGCCUUACAGUAAAUUAGAGAAACCUCAAAAAGUAGAGACAAAGAUAGAUAAAAAUCAAGAUAAGCUGAUCUACGUACCUGAAGCACUAACAACUAAAACUACAACUCUUAUUUCGUCUAUGACUUCUAAAACAGAAGUUAAGCCUAAAAAAGAAAACAAUGUAUUUGAUAAAUCUCCCAAAAAGUUAUCUAAGCCAUUUGCUGAAUCUCAAUCUAGCAUAAUGCCUUUAAAAAUUGACAGUAUCGCCAAUAUAAAAGUAGACACUACUAAGAAACCUGAGGAGAAAAGUAACAAAGUGCCUAGUAGGGAAGUUAAAGAACAAAAACCAAUUGUUGAAGAAACAUCUCAACGUAUCUCUGAAGUUAAUUCUCAAACUAAAAGUAGAGACGCUGAUGUGAAAAUAGCCCCAAAAGACCCUAUACCUGAAAAACAGAAUAUAGUCAAAGAGGUAAAAAGUUCAGUUCCAAAAGAAGAACAACCAAGUUGCUCAGGCAUACAGGAUGUCAGCAGCACAUCAACAGAUAGUCUUCCUUCGCAAAGUAGUGACAACAGAAAUGAAACUGGGGAAGCUAGGGAUGAAUCUAAUACGGACGAGCCGGGGGGUAGCAAAGAAGCAGUGCCUUUCGGAAAAUGGACAGCAACUAACAGAAAAGAGUUCUUAAUUAAGAUGAGGAACAGAACUACUGUGGCACCCGCUGUACCGUCUACAAGCAGUAAUCAGCUGAAAAACACGAACGACCUUAACAGGCGUGACGUUCUCCAAAAAAUUGAUAGCCAAAGGCAACAGUCAAGCAGUGCAGCAGCUCUAGCGAAAAGUCAAGAAGCCAAUAAAAAUGUUAAAAACGAGACGGCAUUUGUCAGCAAAACCAACCUAAUUCAAAAGAAGGACAAUGUACAAGAAGCUAAGGUUCUUCCUAAACCCGACAUUGUCAAAGAAACACCUGAAGCUGUUGUUGAAAAAGCUCCCGUCAAGCAAGAUGUUCCAAAUAACGUUCAAAAUGAAGUCACUCAAGUCGCAAGUGCGACUAGUGUCAAGAAAGAUAGUGCUCAACGAACAGAAGUAAAUUACCAAGACCUGAUUGACAAAACAAUAGAAGAUAUGAUACACAGAACAGUAGCUCCUACAAAACCUCAAGAUGAGCCAGGUUCGACCACUGCGAAAGAAUCCAAUAUUUCACAAAGUGGCAAAUUUCCACCGAAUUGCAAACCAACUGAUCAAGCUACACUAGACGAAAUAGAAAUGAAAAUGAAUGAAUUACAUGGUAUACCAUUUAUCGAAAGACCCGCACAUGAAUUGCCAGUGGUUCCUGUAGCAGAAGCUAAACCAAAAACUUAUUCGAAAAUUGAUAAGGAAAAGGCCACCAUUCAUAAUAAAACUUCAAAAAUACCGAAUCUCCUACCAUUUGCAAAUAAAAAUCCGGUAAAAAUUAGUAAAGAUAGUGUUAUAGAAGUGGACUCUGAAGACGAAGUAAUAGAGCACGAGCCUAUUACAGGUGAUAUUGCUGUAACUAAGAAAACUGUUACUGCUAAAUUACCUCCUAAAGAAAAAGCGAAGUCUUACGCAAGUAUAGAGAAACCCAAACAAGAUGCUGGCAAAAAAGAACCCAUUAUCACAGAAAAAGAUUUUGACAAGUUCGCAAGACGUAAUUCUAAAACUUAUGAAAAUUGUCUCACUAUGAAUUUGGAUAGCAAAGACACUCGUAACGUUAUUCAAACAGUAGUAGAGAAAGAUCAAUAUCCAAAGAGUUAUUCUAAGAAUGAUAUUGCACGAGUUGAUCCUAAAGCCAAGCCACCGUACAAGUACCAAAACGUGCGUCCCAUACAACCAGCUAAAGUACAUGGACCUAAAGUGGGUAGUACUGCUAACGAAGAUUCUUCAAAUAGGAAUCAAUCUAAGUUACAAAAAGCAUAUCAUUCGGCUUUGUCAGCCAAACGUCAAUUAGAGGGUCCUAUUACUAUAAUAGAGGAUAAACCAGUAAAAGUAGUGUUUAUGGAUAACAUGGAGUUUGUUCCCAGCCCACUUAAUCUUCAGGGACAACAGCUUUCCCCCGCUAAGAAAUUGGUCACUGAAUCCGAUAAUUUCACUGUUAGCACUCUUGACUCCUUGGAAUCUGAAACUGUAGAUACAACUGAAGAUACUAAGGCACAAGAAGAAAUUAAAACAAAAUCCAAACAUCAGAGGAAACAAGUUUUAACUCCUGUCGACGAACCAGAAUUAGAACUAAUUGAACCAAAAGAUUUGGGGCUCGAAGCAUCGCCUAAGAAGAAAAGAAAAACCGAAGAAGAUAAAACAGACAAAACAGUGAAAUAUCCGAUGCGGAAGAAGUAUUACCUUCUUGGCUCUAACACAGUAGCUGAUGACAAAUAUACACCCACAACAGAUGUCAUCAAAAAUCCUCUCAAAGAGACUGUAAAUCUAAACGACAAUGGGGUCUCUCACAAGAAUGCCGUAUCAGCUAUUGACAACUUAGUAAAAGCUGCUGAGCUAUUAGAACACCAAUCAGAGAACAGAAACAUUAUUGAUUCUCCGAAUACCGACAGUCAACAGAGCACCCCCGUCAAAAGAGGAAGGGGCCGUCCAAGGAAAUACCCGCUUCCAGAAGGAGGUGUUGAAAAGAACAAAGCACCAAGCCCACAAAAGAAACCUCGUUUAAUAGAUGCCAAAGUUCCUAAACGUGAUCCCGUGACAACAACCGAUGACGAUGAUGACGAUAGCGACGAUGAAAUCAUCAAAGAAAAUUGGACAAUGGGAAAAAUCAAUGAAAACAUAGUCUGUCCAAUAUGUAACAAGUUAUUCAGAACUGAGAACGUAGUUUUUAAACACGUGAAACAUUGUACAGGUCCUUCGCCAAGUCGAUCUGGUUCAGAUAAAAGAAGCCCCAGGAGGAUGAGACCAUCACAGGAAUCUGAUUCUAAGUCACAAAGUAGCAAGUCUGAUGACAUGGAUCUUGAUGACGAUAAACCUCUUGUUGUAGUCAAAAAAGAAACUCCUAAGAAACGUAAAUCUAAGGAUUCUAUUGCUAAAUCCGACGAUAAAGACGAAGUUAUCGUUAUAGAAGAUACGCCACCAGCUAAGGAGAAAUCUGAAAGAAAAGAAAAAGAGACUGAUGACAGAAAAAUUCAUGAAUCUAGAAAACCUAGAGCAAAAAUAUUCAACAAAGGUAACGAUCUGGUUUGCGAGUUCUGUGGUAAAACGUUUAGACAGUUAUCGUAUUUGGUGAGUCAUAAAUUACAACACAAGAAAGAGGAGUCGAAGAAAGUCGAGAAGGAAGCUCCUGCCGCGAUAAAAUCAGUGUACAGCUGUGAAGUCUGCAAGAAAGAAUUCAGAAAGCUGCAUCAUUUAGUUCAGCAUCGGAUUAUUCACAACCCUAGCUCAGCUCAACCCGCGAGGACUCAGAGAAAGAGUUCUUCGGAGCAAUCCGACACCAAGAUUGAAAAAGAACCAAACAGUUCUAAACACAGCGAAGAUGCAAGCGCUGGUUUCCGCUGCGAACCCUGCGACAAAUCCUUCAGAAAAUUACACCAUUUGGUGGAACAUAGGGAAACCCACGAUGGUAUAAAUAGGCAGAAGACCACGCCAGCUGUGGUACAAAACAAUGUCGAAAAGCCUGUGACUUUACACCAAUGCGAAGUUUGUAAGAAAACAUUCAGAAAACUGCAUCAUUUGAUUGAACACAAGGAGCAACAUGUAGAAACUAGUUCAGAAAAAUCUGACGAUAAGAGCGUUAAGAGUUCUUUGUCAACCAAAGAUAUAAUACAUGAGUGUUCACUUUGCUACAUGGUGUUCCCCAACGAGCAUUCCCUAAACAAACACACAAUUAUCUGUCAAAGGAAGAAAAGACAGUCAAAACAAGCCAAACCAGUCGAAGGCUCUGAAGCAGGAGAAUCUAUUGAAGACUCCAGUGAGUCUGCUAAAGUUGAAGAAAAGAGUGAGAAUGUUGACACUCCGAAAGUAAUCGAGGAGAAAGUAAAGGAAGAUACGCACAAAAAAGAAGUUGAAAAAGUCGAAUUACCUGUAGAAAAGCCUAAACCAAUUGAAGAUAAACCUGCAGAAGUUGUAAAAGAGGUACAAAGAGAAAUAGAGACUGUUCCACUGAAAGUUGAAGCCAAACCCGUCGAACCACAAGUUGCUACACCUACAAAAAGAGAUUUUUCAGAGACAGUAAUGGUCAAAACAGAAGAAAAACCUGAAGUUCCGGAAAAAAUAAAAAAGGUUGAUGUCUCUGAAACUAAAGGCCAGGAAACACCUAAAAAGAAAUCCCCGAAAGAAAAAACUACGCCCAAUGCGAACAAGCGUCCCAAAACUACAGCGCCUGCACCAGAUGUCAGUUCCGAAGACAAUAAACCGGCAGUGGAAUCAAGUGAUGAUGAUGAGGUUAGAUAUAUGCUGAAUCCAAACUUCCAAGUCGAAGACGUAACGGAAGAAAAAGUCUUCAUGAAAGUUCGGGCGAAUAAGCGUAGUUCACUCCAAAUAGAACGGCCGAAUUCCAAAGAUUUAGUUAAGAGAAGAACAUCUUUACAACACCCGCCUAAAAUUCCGCGCUUGAAACCGAAACCUGUAGAACCAGCCUCUGUAAAAAUUGUAGCCAAGACACCUAAAGUAGAACCAAUGCCUUCGACUGACUCUGAUGAUAGUGAAACCGUGAAAUACUCUUUCCCAAAAACCAUUCCCGAAAAACCAACGAAAUCUGCACAAGAUCGCACACCUCAAAAGAAAACCUUAGCUGAUAAGAGAAAGUCGUUGAGUGGAAUAGCAAAGAGGAAAUCUUUGGGGAAAGUCGUCACAGCCAGGCACAAACCAUUGCCGGUGAAACAAAUCAAGAGAAGAACGCAGGAAGUGGAGCACAGAUGCGACUGCGGGCAGUUGUUCAGUAGUGCGGCCCUAUUGUCGCGGCACACGACGCUGGCGCACACGCCGCCGCGGAUACGUCGCCGGCGGUCGCCGUCGCCCGAGGUCAAACCUACCAUUAAACCAGCGCCUCGCAAGUCAAGCGUCGCCGACAAGCCUAAGCAAGCUCCGGCUUCUAGAAAAUCGAGCACACGGAGCGAUAGUAGCACCUCUACUAAUGCAAAAUUGAACAAACAGGAAACAAAACCUACAAGAAAAUCGCUUGACAAAGACACAAAAACUCCGGCAGAGGCGAGGAAACCAAAACCUGAAAAGUCUGAAGCGAAGUCCAGCGUGAAGCCGAGGAGGACGGGCGCGCACCGGGGCGUGCCCGUGCCGGAGAAGAUGAGGAAACUUAUGCAGAAGAAUAAUAAGUAGAUAUUGUAAUAAAUAGAUUGGUUCGAGUUACGAAGUUGGACUGAAAAUGUUCCCUAUAUUUCGGGAUGUUAUUAGUAAGGGAACCGCUAGUAUGUUUAGAUAAAGUCGCGCAUCACAAGGCUCACAAUCGUAACAAACGGACCAUUGUUAAAUAAAAAUAUUUUUACACAUUUGAUGGAAAUGGUUCAUCAACAAACAAUAUUUUUAUCGUGAGUCAGUUAGAUAGGCGUUGAUCUUGUCUAUAUGUAAAUGAGAACUUAAAGUAAUAAGUAUAUUUUGUCAAUUUGUUCUAGAGUUUAGAUAUUAUAUAUGUAUAAGAGUAAAUAUUUAUGUUUAUUAGAUCUAGGCAUAAUAAUUUCGUUGGCAUUAUCGGUUAACAUGCUGUACUUUUCAGUUAAACUGUAAAUGUUCACCAUUCAAUGAUUUAUCGAAUUGUUUUUGAAAUGAUAAUAAUAAGCCUAACUAUAUUGCGAGAAGGUGCAAAACUUAAGUUUUAAAAUGAUAUUAGAAUAACGGAGUUCUUAAUGAAUUUUAUAAAUAUCGGAAGUUUUGAAAUGAGCUUAUUAUUGAAAUUGUUUACACAUAAUUAUAUUGAUUUGAAUGGAUUUGUAAUAUACAAUGCUUAUAAUAAUGAAUAAUUGAGCUUCCCGAUCGCGGAGUUUGGGUUAUUUAGUGCUUCGUAGUAUGUUUUCAUCAUUAAUGUAAGGGAUUAGAGGAAUUUGAGUACCAAAUUGUUCGUAUAUAUGAAAUAAUUAAAAACAACAGCACCUCAAUCUGAUUAGUUUUGUACUUCGUGAGUAGUUCCGAGGUUACUAUUUUAUAAUAGAAGUUAUGUAGUCCAAUACCAUAUGGUGCGUCCGAGGGAUCCAGGAUUAGGAUGUCCUGAAUAAUACUGUUUAGACAGCGUUAUUGAGCUUUUGACCGCCAAAUCCAUGUAAAGAUGGCAUGCCAAAAAUCCUAGCACUUCUACAUGUCAGAUUUAUAAACGAAAAAGCUUUUUUUAUUUCAAUUACAAAUAAUUAUGUUACUUGACUCAGUUUUAUUUGUAUUUGUUGGACGUUUUUUCUUUAUAUUUCGUCCAUAUUUAUUUAGGAUGACAACACAUCUAAAAAAUAACACGUCUUUCCUUUUUUUGACGCGGCGGUCAAAAGGAUUAUAACUGGAUAAAUAUUUCAUUUAUUCAAUAUAUCCACGAAUUCCGGAUUCCCCACAUCGCUUUACCAAGUUGUUGAGAUAUUUGCAAAUGUUUACCAUUUACAUUUAGAGUAGCUACAGUACAUUUUAUAUGGUACUUUGGUACUUUGAAAAUGUUCGCCCGUUAAUGUUGGUACCAGAUUUUUAAUGGUGUUGAUUCUCUUGUUCGGAUUAUAAUAAAAUAGUUUUAUUACUCACCAUCCGUGGGUAGGGACCGAAAUAUAAUAAGGUGUGCAAAUUAUUUUCAUAUAAAAUUAAAUUUUAGUAACACAGCCUAGAUACAUGCACAAAAGAAUCAGCGCCACAAGUAGUUGCAAUAGUCGUAAAAUAUACCACAGUUCAAGUUUUCUGAUGUUGCUUGAUGAUUAGCCAGGGUCAAAGAUUUUAGCAGAAUUCGGACCACGUGUCUUCUUAGUCAAUGGGUAUUCAUACAAUGAUGCUCUCCAAAUUUAUAGUGAACUAGGACCAAAAUAUAUCAAUUUCUCUGUUUCUAAUGGUAAUAAUAUAUUAUGUUGUUUUUAAUUUUAAAUAAUGUUUAUUCUCCUCUCGUGACUAACAGUGUAAAAUGUAAUUAAUUGCUAAAAUAUAAAAGAGUAGUCCGUAUUGUGAGAUUUAUGUUUUAGAAGCAUUUAACAUAAAAUUUUAUAUAUGUAGAUGAUAUCAUUAUUUUUAAUAUGAUGAUGCAAUUUUGAUUAAUGGGUUAUAAAUAAAUUGUCUAAAAAUUA